CCGAAGGGAGCAAUCGCAAAUUAAAGAAUGCUAUUCAGACCAWUGGCAACACCUGUUGGAGUCGUCCUUUUGGCGGCUCUAAUGGGCGGAAGAUACGAAGAAGGCGUCGAAGCUAGAUCAUCUCCUGCUUUUGUUCCAAGAACUGCGUCCAGUUCUUUCGCUUUGACUGAAAUCACUUCAUCACACAAGUCAAUUUCCCAAUCUAUAAUAGACAACAUCCCUCGAGGAGGAGCUGAAGCAGRGAGUGACGACUCGGAAGAAGACGAGGAGGCCGAGACCGAAGUCCUUUAUCUUCCUGGUCUCCUGGAAGUUCAACUCAUUGCAACGGAUCAGGUAAGUGAUUCAUGUUUUGUGCUCCAGAAAAGGAGAUAUGUGCACCGUUACAGCUGAAUUCUUGAACGUGUUGCAUUUCGUUUUGGCCUAGAAAAUAGCGCCGUAACUUACAAUCGUGUGUCGUAUUGACGAAUGUAUGCUUUAUUCCMUUUAUGCAGCCAACUGCGAUCACAGACUCCGCCAUCUCGUUGUCUGCCAAAAAAGCAAAAGAACUUGGCGUGUCGAAUGGAGAAGUUGUAGCUGUCAUUGGAAGACGACGAACWGCAACGUACGGACGAGUCUUAGUGCAGAAAAAGAAGAAAGUAUCGUCGUCAAUCUGCACAGUUUCCGAAAAUCUUGCCAAGAAUCUUAUGCUUCGUAAGGGAGACAAAGUCAAGAUUGUUCCCCUUGAUGACGAWAGCUCUUCUGAUGAAGGAAACCGUAGUGGAGAUUUGGUUCUAGUUGGUACUGCUUCCGCUCCUAUUGUUGAGUCUGUAACGCUUUCUCCCAUCGAAGAUUCUCUUGCCUCAUUAGAGGCUGUUGAGGGAGGUGAUUCCAUCUCCGAUGACGACAUCGAAUCAAGAUUUAUCGCUCCAUACCUCGAAGAAUCUGGAGGACUUUUGAAACAGGGACAGGUUCUKGUACUGAACGACGAAGAUGGACGAAAAUUAGAAUUUGUUGUCUCAAAUUUAAUGAUCGAAGGUGCYAGUGAUGAAGCGUCAGAGGAAGGCACCGAAGAAGAGGAAGUCAGAGCUGGAGAAUUAAACGGAGAGACUGUUACAGUUGUUGGAGGUAGCGCUCCUCGCCCACUCGUUGGAGCCGGAUACGACUCUGUUGGUGGACUUGAGAAGGCAACGACACUAAUGCGAGAAUUGAUUGAGAUGCCUCUGCGGUUUCCUGAACUUUGGACAACAGCUGGCGUACCCACACCCAAGGGUGUUUUGUUGCAUGGUCCACCCGGUUGCGGAAAAACAUUGCUGGCAAACGCUUUGGUUGAGGAAACGGGAGCGCAUGUCGUCGUUAUCAAUGGUCCUGAAAUCAUGGCACGCAAGGGUGGAGAAUCAGAGGCGAAUUUGCGUCAAGCAUUCGAAGAAGCCGCUGAAAAGGCCCCUGCUAUUAUUUUCAUGGACGAGCUYGACUCGAUUGCACCCAAGCGUGAUGAAGCGCAAGGGGAGACCGAAAAGCGCGUUGUUUCGCAACUAUUGACUUUGAUGGACUCGUUGAAGACGAACUCAAAUGUUAUGGUAAUUGGAGCUACCAACAGACCCAAUGUUAUUGAAUCUGCUCUUCGACGACCUGGUCGCUUCGAUCGUGAGUUGGAAAUCGCCAUGCCAGACGAGGAUGGUAGACACGAAAUCCUCAAGAUCAAAACCAAGGAUAUGCAACUUGAUGUCGAUGUCGACUUGUUCCAGAUCGCCCGUGACACACACGGAUUUGUUGGAGCUGAUCUUCAACAGCUUACCCUCGAGGCUGCUCUUCAAUGCAUUCGAUCAAAUAUUCAGAACCUUGAUAUUGAUAGCGAAGAACCAAUUCCCGAAGAARAUCUAGAUAUCCUCAAGGUCACGAAUGAGCAUUUYACGCACGCUCUGAGUCAGUGCGACCCCAGCACUCUGAGAGACAACAAAGUGGAGGUUCCCGACACGAAGUGGGCAGAUAUUGGUGGAUUGGAACAGACCAAGCGUGAAUUACAGGAAAUGGUCCGGUAUCCUAUCGAGCAUCGUCACUUGUUUGAACGAUUUGGUAUGCAAGCGUCUCGUGGUGUCUUGUUUUACGGUCCUCCAGGUUGCGGUAAGACGUUGAUGGCUAAAGCAAUCGCCAACGAGUGUGGUGCAAACUUUAUCAGUGUGAAGGGACCUGAGCUUCUGAAUGCCUGGUUCGGUGGAUCCGAAGCCAACGUUCGUAACUUGUUCGAUAAGGCCCGUGCAGCAAGUCCUUGCAUCUURUUCUUCGACGAGAUGGAUUCCAUUGCCAGAGCGCGUGGUUCCGGUGGAUCUGGAGGCUCCGAUACUAGUGAUCGUGUCAUUAACCAAAUUUUAUCUGAGAUUGAUGGUAUGGGAUCUGGAAAGACUCUCUUCAUUAUUGGAGCAACAAACCGWCCCGAUAUUCUUGAUCCYGGUAUCAUGCGUCCCGGACGUCUUGAUCAAUUGAUUUACAUUCCACUUCCAGAUUUUGAAUCCCGAGUUUCAAUCUUUAAGGCUAAUCUCCGAAAGUCCCCCAUUGCCGAUGACAUCAGCCUCGAACAACUGGCGGGAGCUACAGAAGGAUUUUCGGGUGCUGAUAUUACAGAAAUCUGUCAGCGAGCAGCGAAAAAUGCCAUUCGUGACUGUAUUACUGCCGAUAUCGAACGCCAAAAACGAGUUGAAGCGGGUGAAAUGACUCAAGAAGAAGCUGAUGCACUCCCAGAUCCCGUUGGUGCUAUCACAAAAGCUCAUUUUGAAGCAUCUAUGAGCAAGGCUCGUCGAUCUGUGGGACCUGAAAUUAUUGCUCAAUAUGAUGAAUUCACCGCCAAACAAAAGGCAUCAUGGGGCGCAGGUAAUGAAAACGAUAGUGCUUACGAUAUUGAUCAAGCUGCUAUUGACCAAUCUAGGGAGGAUGCUUUAUUAGAAGGAGCCGAUGAGGAAGAAGAAGCUGGCGUACCAGUCGCUGCGACUGGCGACGAAGAAGAGUAACUGAAAUCRUUUAACGCASMUUAACACGAAGUCCAACCACGAAACACAGUUCAUAUUAUUUUGCAUUCAUUUCCUUUUUCACCGUGACACUUUCCGUU